AUGCACAGCUUUCCUGCUCUCCUGCUGACCUCCCUUGCUUCUGUGCUAAGUGUAGAGGGGAACACCCGGGCUCCCGCUUUGCCCAGCAACACGAAUCUUACUGGCUGGGGAAAGGCCAACAAGGGACGGGGGCAGUGGCUUCAGCUCCAUGCACUGAGUGAGACCGAGGGUCUCGCAGGAGAGGCCAAAAGAGUACAGGGGGUUCUGAGAACUAGGACAGCCCACAGCCUGCUUGGCCUUGCUGCCCUAAGGAUGGACCCCUCCACUCCAGCUGCUGCCACCCUUGUCCCAGCUCCAGCAUUAGCCCACACCCCGCUGGCCUUCCCUGGCCCGUUAGGCCCAUCACUCCUUUCUUCCUCUGGACAAGGACCCGAGAGUGAAAGAGGAGAUUGUCUUUGGAGACCUUGGCUGUCUUCCACAGAUGAACCCGCAAGGCCGCUGCCAGUGGAGUUGGCUGCUGAUGGGGCACCAGCUGCUGAGGUCACCAAGGCUGACUCUGGGUUCCAUCACCCGGUCAGGCUCUACUGGCCUAAAUCUCGCUCCUUUGACUACCUGUACAGUGCUGGGGAGAUAUUACUGCAGCACUUCCCUGUCCAGGCAACCAUCAACCUGUAUGAGGACUCAGACAGUGAAGAGGAAGAGGAGGAGGAGGAGGAGGAAGAGGAUGGAGACGACAAAGAAGAGAAAGAGGAGGCUCAACAAAAGGGGCCAGAGGGGUGUGUGAGGGUACCAGGGUCCUCACCACACAGGGCCACAGCUUCCCCGCCCAUGACCUGUCCAAACUGACACACCUUGCCAGUCAGCGUCUGAUUGGGGUUUCGUAUGCCUGGCAAGCUUCCCCGUGCACCAGUGAGUCGCGAGUCUCCUGUCACAGCUUUCUGGCUCUUUCACCCAACUGGUCUGUGAGCCCAGAUGCCUUUGGCAUCUGCUUGUCUGGGCUGCUGUUGUGUUGACAGUGGGAGGGCCCCAGGAGCUCUUGGGAGAGGAAGGCCGGCUCCCUGCCUCCCCAGGAAGAGCAGCAGGACAGGGUGUGCCCUCAGAGAGGGGAGCAGUCACCGCUCACGGCCCUUUUCACUCCCUAGCUCUCCUAGGUAGGCCGUGGAGUUCCACCUCCUCCUCAGCCUGAUCCGGCUUCACCUGCAGGGAUACAAAUACCAGAUCCAAGCAAGGUUGGGGUGCCCUUCUGAUGGGUUUUUCCCAAAGGAAAGGAGGUGUUUAGAGUCAUUAGCUCUGAAAAUCCCCUCCCCCAGUGUUGCCCACUAUCCAUUGAAGUGUACGUGUUGGCAUGAGAUGAAUCAGGAGAAA